CGCCAUUGCUUAGGAACGUCAUUGCUUAGAACGAAAAAACAUCGCAGACAUCGCUGUGAAGUUUAAGCAUGUGGAUUCCUUUAGCCGUAUUUUUCCUGGCUUGUGUCCUUGCAGACGACCAAGGGCCACGGCUAAACUUGUUCGUGCGGCGCUACGAGCCUCUCUAUUACCGACCCGAACGGAUGGGUGGAGGUCACGCUCGGGCCAAGCGCUCGGUCGGCGCUGGCAGAAGCGGGCAUGUCAAUGUGCAACUCCGAACCAGUAAGCGGGCGCUGAAUCUCCGGCUCACUCCUGAUAGUUCCGUGUUCCACAAAGACUUGGUCGUAGAGUCGUCCACGGAAGGAGUGGUCCAGGUCGAUACGAGCCAUAUUUACAGCGGAUCCGUUGUCGGCCAACCUCGUAGCCGCGUGUUCGGCUCACUGCACGGCGGAAUCUUCGAAGGCAGCAUCCACACCGGCUCAGGGGACAGCCUUUACGUAGAGCGGUCGGAGAAGUUCUUCAACAGCAGUCAGCCGUUCCACUCAGUACUCUACUCGGCCGACGAUGUCGAGAUUCCCGCUUCUCGCGGCGGAGGCCCCUGGUGUGGUCUGCAUGGCAGCACCGAAAAGUGGAUGAAAGACAUGCUUCGCAGGUUCCGUCGCGGUUCGCGCACGGAGAGACAGAGCCACAAGCACGGUCACGUCGGACGCAAGCUGCAGGCUGUAGCCGAAGUAAGUAAGGAGGAAAAAAACGACAACGAGCCCCAAAUAGCCGCCGGCAGCGAUGCGGACCAUGACGUGGCCAAACGCGACGUCGGCUACAAGGGAGAACUCGAAUACGAAGACGACGAAGACCGCCGGGACACACGGUACGACGACGUCGACGACGCCGCGGAAAGUGGCACGCAGGCAAACAAGCUGGGACGCCACCGCCGUCGUCGUGGUCGUGCGGCCUCAGCGUCGCGUCGCGUGUGCAACCUCGAGAUCACCGUGGACCACACGCUGUUCGAGCGAAUCUACCAGGAUGAGAAUUCGCUCCCUUCUACGCGACAGAAGCUCAUCGCCGCCGUCGCCUUCAUGGUCGAGAAAGUGAACAGCAUUUACGGGAGCACGAGCUUCGGCGGUGUUGAAGACCUCCACUUCCUUGUUCAGCACGUUGUGAUAGAUGAGCCGGGCGAAUGCGUGGGUUUCAAGAAGAGCCCUUUCUGCACCAAGGCCCUGGACGCUGCAUACGCACUUUUUCUCGUGUCUCUUGAGCCCCGAGACGACUACUGCCUCUCGUACAGACUCAACUACAGAGACUUCAUGGAUGGCACACUAGGACUCGCCUGGAUUGCCAGUGAAGAAGUGGGUACCGGUGGAUUCUGUGAGCGCUACCGUACAGCCAUUGAACUGGACCCUCUCGGCGACAAGUACGUGCAGACCAAGCUCAGUUUAAACACCGGAAUCACUACCCUGUUCAACUACAACCACUACGUGGGCAUACACGUGGCGUCACUUACGCUCGCCCAUGAGAUCGGACACAGCUUCGGUGCACCCCACGAUCAUGGCAGCGGGUGCGACCCGUCGGGUCCAGACGGCAAGUACCUCAUGUACGAGUCCGCAACCAAGGGAAAUGCGCCAAACAACGACAAAUUCUCGUCGUGUAGCAUUCGCAACAUCAGCGCCGUCCUGGUGCCUGUCAUCGUGGGCAAUUCGAACCGCGAAAACUGCUUCCAGAGACACAGAGGCCCCAUCUGUGGCAACAACAUCGUGGAGGGCACCGAGGAGUGCGACUGUGGCAUGGACGAGAUCGAGUGCACCGACAAUUGCUGCCACCCACGGCACGGAGAAGACAGCCCGCUUGGCUGCCUGCUCAAGGAAACAGCGGCGUGCAGUCCUACUGCAGGUGUUUGCUGUUCCGUUGACUGCCAAGUGGCCGCCGAGGGAAAACUGUGCAGCAAUGAAACCGAAUGCACGGAAGCCUCAUACUGCGAUGGGCAGAAUGCGGCGUGUCCCAAGGCAGCGGCCAAGGCCAACAUGACUGCCUGCAACAAGAACACGCAGGUGUGCAUCGCCGGCGAGUGCUCGGGUUCCAUCUGCGAGAAGUACGGCCUGGUCGAGUGCUACCGCAGCGGGGCUGAGCUCAGCGUCGACGAGCAGUGUUUGCUAACGUGCCAGGAACGAGGCUCGCGGAGCUGCAAACUGGCCUGCGCAUUCCCAGCGAUGGCGAGCCACUGCGGUGCCAAGCUACAGCCGGGUUCCCCUUGCAACGGGCUGCGCGGCUACUGCGACGUGUUCCACAAGUGCCGUCCCAUCAACCCGAGCGGCUUCAUAACGAGCCUGAGCGGCUUCCUCUUCGGCGGCGAGCCCUUUGCCGUUCUGUAUGAGUUCAUCGCGCAUCACCCGUUCAAGGCGACCUUCGUCAUUCUGGGAUCGUCGUGGCUGACGGUGCUCGUGAUCCGCUUCUUGGCGCUGCACACGCCGAGCAACAACCCCGUUAAGAAGGCGCCGCUCAAGCUCAAGGACACGCUCAAGCACCCCGUGAACGCCAUCGUCAACAAUUGACUCCAACAAUGUGGCCACUUUCCCCGACGGACAUCCUCUGGCAGGAAGAAGUUGCGGACGGCCGUCGGUAUACAGGACAGUCUUGGUGAACGAACUGAUGUGCAACUACACACCGGCUUAGAAAUGAUCUCUAUUUUUCCAGCAAGUUGUCAAUGUUACCAGAGACGACUCUACGUGCGACGAUAAACUGGAACUGCGAUUAGCUUAUAUGUUUAAUUUAUCCGCUGAGCGAGUAUUGCGGCGGACUUUCUGCACUAAACAGCAAGAUGGGGCUCAGACAGCACUCCGUCGUCUCCAAGUUGUAUCAAACAAAAUUUGUUCUUGAAACUCA